AUGCAUGGGUCGGGCCGUUUCGCGACCGUUCUUGGGCGACACGGAAAGGCCCAGAAAGACCAGGGCAAGAAACCGAAUUGCCGACUUACGCCAGAUCCGGCGCACCACUCUGGCACUCUCUCACGGGAGAUUGAAUCAUUGCCCAAGACGCUUCGGAGCGAAGAGCAUGUCAUUUUCAAGCUGCCGGCCUCCAUCAUCCGAAUCUUCUUAUCUUUCUGUUCAUCGCUGACGCAACGUUUCCGACAAUCCGCCGCGACCGAGUCAACUACGCGACAGUCCUACUCGGAGUUCUGGCACUGGCACUGCAUUCGGUGUCUCACGUGCGCGGCCUCCCAACCUAGGACGGGUCUCUCGGUUGAGCAAAGAAUCGCAGUGCCGAACGGCCCUGAUCUGGACCCACGUCAGCCUAUACCCAUACCGGACGCGCUGGCUAAAUUUCCAUCCGGUCCUCUGAACCAGUUCCUGCGGAUCAUCAGCAUUCUCCAUAAGGGUGCAGCAGCGCCUGACGCAGUAGGAGAGAUCCUGACUCCACUCCAACAGGGCCUCGCCAAUGCCGGGACGACCGAACCGGGCAACGUCGGGCUUGUUGCAGGCCUGCGCUUCUUCGAUGUCCUGGCCAAGCAGCUAGGAGGAAAAUCUUUAUCUGUCCAGGGCAUCGAGUAUCCUGCAACCUUCGCUGGGUUUAAUCGCAAUGGCACUGAUGGUGGGCCGAGCAUCUACUCUCAAGGCGCCCUCGUCGUUCGCAGCACCGCGCCAUCACUGCCCGCGGAAACGAUGGCGAAGAUCAACUCGGUACUUCCGUUUGGAGACCUGAGAAACCGGGCCGCCAUCACCCGUGCGGAAGGGAAAAUAUUGACGGUCUGUCACGAAAACGACGCUAUGUGCAGUGGCGGCUUCGUCGCGGUCGAGCGUCUCGCGUGUAUUGAAGACGCCGGUACGGCGGCGCGGUUCGUAAUUCAGGAAGCUCAAGUGUAG